CAGUGAUUCAUCAACCGAGGAGAUCACAACAACAUCAGAGGCGGCGGGAGGUUAUGAAGUUCUAUAACCUGUUCUUGUUGUUUAUCUUUGCGCUAAACCAGCGUUUGAGUUCUUCUGAAAGCCACAAUGAGCUACCUCGAGGACACGGAGAGGAGCUAGGCAGGCACAGAGACUCCGAUGGCCAUGUUGAUAUAAUCGACGCGGAAGACUUGCCAUCGCCGAAGCAAUUUUGGGAUCAAUAUGCGAGCAUUCGAAAACCAGUGAUUUUUCGAGGGGCAGGGAAACAUUUCCCAGCUUUUCAUUUAUGGACGGAUGAAUACCUGAAAGAAAAUUAUGGAGAGCUGGAAGUGAAGCUAGAAUCUAAGCGAGAAAAAGAUGAAGUUCCAGUCGGCGAAAGAGGGCUCGGGCGAGACACGAUUCGAAGUUUUCUCGAAACUUAUCAAGAGAAAGAUUCUUAUACGGUUUCCCAACUUCCUGAUCCGCUGUCGACAGAAGUCAUGGUAUUGCCCUUUUUAAUGUGCGGAAGUUUUAGCGAGAGGAUUUUGGAAGCGAACUUGUGGCUUAGCUCUGGUGGUACACGGAGUAUGCUACACAAAGAUGCUGACAAUGCUAUUAACUGCUUGUUAAACGGUACUAAAAAUUGGAUUUUGAUUCAUCCAGAUAACGAAGAGAACGUGAGUAUGUGUUUGCGAACUUUCUUUUAAUCUAUAUGGUAUAAACUAUGAACAAGGGAGACUUUAAAUUUAACGUAAAUAUUGGCGAAUUAGCUUCAGUUACUUGUUUGGACUUGAAAGUCUCAUCUUUUGUGCUUAGUAAGCUUAUACCUUGAUCUCGUCCUAUUACCGUGGAAACGAGUUUUUAAUGGGAAAAUCUAUUUCUUUUUGGAUGCGUAAAUAAGCUUUUUAUUUUAUCAAAGGAGCAAGAGAGAAAGUAUUCGGUAUUUUUAAGUGGGUUGCAUCUCACCAGUGGUUCAUGAAUCUAGGAGGGUAGGGUAAAGAAAGAAACAAUAUCAUAUUGUAAGAAACCAUAUACGGUUCUCAGAAUGAAUACAUUCAAGUUACUUGCCAAGUAAAACCUACAAAUGGAAUGUAUUUCCUUGUCAAAACUCCUAAGGUGAGGUGUGUUACAGCUGGAACAGGUGCAAUUCAAGUGAUUUGUGUGAAGAUAAGAAACCAGACACAACGCUCUUUUCACAUAUUUCAAUUCAUAUAACAAACUCACAAUGGCCUGUUCUCCAGAUUGCUUGAUUAGCUCAAUGGAUAGAGUUUUGCAUCCGGUCAUCACAAUUAAGGUCAGGGUUUGAUUCCUGGUCAAGCCUGAAUUUUUUCAGCUUCUUCUUCAACUGCUGAGGUUGUUCAUCCUACUGGGAAGAUUAUGUUCACUUUUAUAUCUUGAUCUGCAGUUCAAAAUAUGAUUCAUUUUAAAAUAUUUCAAUUUACAGAUACCCGUUGCAGAUGGAGACAGAGGAUAUGGAGGGUUUGCAACACUGGAUGUAGAAAGUGUGAAUCUAAUCAAGUAUCCAAAAUUUAAAGAUGUAAGGUGGCAACAUGCAAACAUGACUCCUGGAGACUGCCUUUAUUUGCCUUACAGUAAGUGGUAGUAUUUAUUCAUUUAUUUAUUUGAUAGUUUUGUUUGAAAAUGUAUCUCCAACAAACAGUCCCAUUUUUCGGUCAGAUCUGUACGUUGUCAUUCCCAAUAAAGUAGUCUCCACUGCUCGAUCUCCAAUAUUUCAUUUUAAUUUAAACAGGGCUUCUGAUAGGUCGCGGAAAAAAAAGACAAAUUUCGCAGGGUUUUUAGGGACAAAAUUGCUAAAAAACGGCCAAUAUCACGGGAAUUUUCAGGGCAAACUUGGCCAGAAAGCAAUCGGUAAAAAAACGGCGGAUUUUGUGGUUAUUUCGCUAGAAAUCGAUCAGUUUUGUGCUGACCAGACCAGCAUUUUUAAUGUUUUUCUAACAGAGACACAACUUUACUGUUUUGUAACCCUUUAAGCCCAAAAUCCAGGCAAAUACAGAUUCUCCAGACUGACCCCCAUAGUUUGGGCAAGUGUUUCCUUCUCUCCCCUCCCCCUCCGCUACCUUCAUUCCUCCUUUUUGCUCUCAUCCCCACUUUAUUGUAAAACUUGCGCAGAAACUCUUGCUACACAGAUGAAUGAGAGGGGGUGAAGAGACUUUCAAACCAUGUCGUGGAAGUGUUUGUAUUCAUACUGUCUGACCCUCUAUCUUUUGCCAGUACUAUUAAGCAUAAUACAAAGCCUAGGUACACUUCAAUACUUUCUACAUAAUUUUUAUUAAUUAAAAAUUCACUCUGGACCAACCUCUACUGGACCAGCAUUAGUUGGUUUUAAGCCAGAUUUUUAUAGAGACGGAAACUCCUACUUUGUACCUUCCCAACUUUGCAUAUAUUGUAUCGUUAUUAGCUCCUUGUCACUGUUCUGGGUAUUUUAAGGUACAUGCCAAGUUCUUUCAAUCCCCCCUACAUCUUAUGUGACACUCUCUGGCUCCUCCUAAUAUCUGGAUCUGCUGCAAAAAUCAUGUUCUUUUAAACCAUCUUGAUACACACCCUGGGAUCAGUUGUGGUUCAAUUUUGGCUUUUUCCUGGUGCUACAAUGUACAGGACAUUAAAGCAAAGGAAAAUAAAGUUAGGCCAAGUCCAAAAUAUUGAUUUCCAAAAUCAAAGAAAAUAUUGUUGUUGUGUCUGUUUACAGGUUACUGGCAUCAAGUGCGAUCUUAUGGCUCUAAGAACAUGGCAGUGUCUGUUCUGUUCUCACGGCUGACAGAGUUUGAUCCAGCAGGAUGUGAAGGUGCCAGGCUGGAUUAUACUCCUUUGUCAGAUGUCAACAUGGUCUGGACGUAUCCUGGGCAUGGUCCACAGACGAUGGGCAAUACUGAUCCAUUUGAAUUGAGGUAUGGCACCUCAACUCGUCUCUUCCAUGUAGCUUUUGUUUGUUUUGUCACCUAGCGCUCCUUCAUGAGAGAAUAGUUGCUCCUUAAAGAAACCAAUGAUAAAUGUAUCAGCAAAUUGAUAGUGAUGAUAGUUUUUGUGCAAAAAUUUAGUCUCUGUGAUUUACGGAUAUUUGACAGUAGUAGCCGACGGGAUUUUGGUUUGCCUAAGCUAGCGUCAGGGCAGGAAGAGAAAGGAGAGCUUGCAACUAUGUCUCUGGAAUUUGAAAAUCUGCAUUGAAAAAGUCAAUGCGAAAUGCUGAUUGGCGAAGAUGACAUUAGUAAUGAUGUCAUUACCCUUUGUGCGUGCUUACAUGUUUUUUUUACAUGUUUUUUUUCAAUGUUUGUUUUCAUUCGCCCUCAUUUGCGCUUUGUGCUGAUUGGCAGAAAUCUGACAGCUUUGUCUAUAGGGAGCCACGGAGGAAUUGGAGGUGGAAUUCAAAUUCCAGAGGCAUAGUUGCACGCUCUCCUUCCUUUUCCCACCCUGCCACCAGAGUGCCCUGAAGAGCUUGCUCACAGGCUAAUAGUACAGUGUAGUAAAGAUUUUUAAUAUUACCAUGACUGAAUAAAGUUGAUUCGCAAGUUUUUUUGUGAAACCUGUAAGGAUUAAUGACAUGAUAAAUUAACUUUACUGAUCUUUUGCUUUAGAGAGGAGUAUCUCUCUUUGAUGGAAUAUGCUGAUGAUAAACGUAUGGAUGUUGAUCUCAUUUUUAAGAUGCUUACUGAGGUAAGAUGAUAACAAAUAAUGAUACUAGAACUGUACAAAUGUAUGUUUAGUGACUCUAAUUAAGUAUACUCUUCCAUGUUUUUUUGACUGGGACCACCUAGCAAAAGUCUGUCAACACAGCUGGAAAGAAUGCCUUAACCCUUAUAAGUCCCGAGAGUGACCAAAGUCAAUUUUCUCCCAACAAAAUCAAUACACAAUCAAGGGAAAAUGUUGUGAGGAUUAAUUAAAAAAUCACCUGAUGGGAAAAGCUUUGAUAUACAAACAAAUUCUCUCAACCAAUUCAUUAAGGAAAUAUAUGGGGGUCAGUCUGGAGAAUCUGUAUUUCCCUGGAUAUUGGGCUUAAAUGGUUAAAAUCAGUAAAGUUGUCAAUUCUGACAAUAAUUUGGUGGAAACUAGUAAAGAUAUAGCUUUGUUAAGUCACUGAAUUUUACAUAUAUUUAUAUAGUGGAGGCAAGUUUGUUUCCCUCAUUAUACAAACAUCUGUAAAAUCCUACAACUUUGUGGGACAAUAUCCUCACUUGCUUUUCACAUAAUUUUCCUAAUUUUAAGAUGUUCUUUCCAGCAUAAAUGUCAGUGGAUAUUCGCUUAGUGCUGUUUAUCAAAGUACACAAUUAGUUAUUGAGAUUGUUGUUGAAGUUUAAAAGGCCCUAUCUACACGUAUCCGUUUUUGUUUGAAGAGGGGAAUUUUUUUCUCCAGUCUGGCCUAACCUGUUCGGUAAAAACAGUCACCGAAAACAUAUCUUUUCAAAAAUGCUCUCCAAAGUGAAGAUUUUUGAAAACGCAGGCUUGUGUAGAUGGACAAAAACAGAAGUUUUCGAAAACAAUGACACCGUACAUCAUUAAAUUUUACUACUAUAAUAUUACCCAUGCUCUGUGAGGGGUACUAUCUUAUUUCCAUUGUUUAGCAUUUCCAUAUGGACGGGCGAAAACGAUUCGAAUAUCCUAGGUGUGACACGUAUAUUUUUGAAAACGGUUGGAGCAAAUCUCUGGUUUGAAAAAUUUUUGGAUACGUGUGGACAUGGCCUAAAUGGCAUUUUAUUGUGGUGUUUGGUGUUCAGAGUUUAUGUCAUCUUUUGUAGACUGAAGUUAUGGAAGAACAUGAAGAUGCAAGGAGAAUCAUGGCAGAAAAUGUAAGUUGUUACAGAGUUCACAUAAAGUCUUGAUCCUUGAAAAAUGUCUUGAAAAUGUUUAUAUUUGACAGUGUUUAUUCUUUGAUAUUUUAAAGGUGCUUAAAAUAAUUGAUGUGGACAACAAAGGUUAUGCAUCUAAAGAAGACAUUCAAGGAAUGACGCUUGAACAGCUCAAACAAAUAGCAAAUGAGGUUGAUGGUGAUCCAGCUAACACUGAGGAAUAUGAGUUUGCCUUGUUUGAAAUUGAUUCUGUAAGGUAAGAGCUACAAUUUUAUGGUUCAAUAUUCAUUCUUCUUCCAUUCUUCUUUCUGACUUUGGGUCUGUAGGUACAGGUUCAAGGCUUAGCCGUCAAGUAACUUGUUUCCUUAGACAAGAAAUGUUGCUCGGAUCAAAGUUCUGGUAAACUGCCGACCUACCCCUCCCCUAAGCCAGCCAUCAUUUUGCCUUAAGUGAGUAAGUGUUAACGUUAGCUUAGGGGAGGGGUAGGUGGGAAGUUUCCCAGAAUCCUAAAUUGAUGCCAUUGCUCAAACUUUCCUCUUCCAGCUCGCUGUACAAAUGCAUGGGUAGUGGGGACAUACUAUUAGGGAUAUCCUUGUGAUGGACUAGCCACCCAUCCAGGGGAAACUCGCAAUACUUCUAGCUGCAUCAUCAUUUGACAAAAGAGAGGUUAAGCAUCACGAUUACGUCAAACGGCAAACUCGAAUUUGUACCACAUGACCAAGUUUCCCCUGUACUUGUCGGUUACUGUUUAUUAUUUCUACACCUUAAUUAUUAGUUUCACGCAAUUUUUUAUCCAUAAGUAUUGUCUUGAGCUGUUUUUAUCUGCUCAUUUUCUAUUUUGAGAAAUUCUCAACUUGAAUCUGACGUUUGCCGUAUAUGUGAAGCUUAAACUCUCUAAUGUUCACUGUUACAUACAGAAUUGAAUGUUAGAAAAAUCAAGAACUUAUUAACAAAAAUUCUAUUAAGCAGCUUUGUAAAAUACUAAAAUUUACUGAAAUUUCUUGCUUAGCGCUUACUACUCUUUGAGCUAAUGGGCUGUGAUGUUUAUGAAGUUCUUUUUCUCUUAACAAAACCAUCCAGGUCAGUCUUUAAGAGAGCGAUGAAGGAUGGAAGUGGAAAGCUUACUCUGGAAAACUUGAUUAAGCAUUACGAAGUAAGAGUAAUUUCAUGCCUGCAGUGGCCAGAUAUAAGUGUUAGGGCUAAUCGAAUCUGGCCAGGGGCGUUCCGCAUGCGCGGCCUGUAUAAAAGAUACCCGGCGCCGGCUACGCAGGCUAAUCGAGGCUAGUUGUCUAAAGAUCGUGAGCUGAUAGUCUGGAAUUAAUUGUCAGGUAGGGUGGGGGGCGAGUUGUCUGUAUAUCGACCAAAUAGACAGGACGUCUUCCAUCUAGGGACAGUACGCGCGCUCCAUUGAUCCAUGCAAUCUUUCGUGCCUUGUGGUUGAAAGUGGUUGUCUUGUGUUCAAGGGGUCCUCCACAAAACGUAAAAUGAGGUACUUUCACGUAGUACUCGUGCAGCUUUGGCAAAGAAAUGCUCCAAAAAGCGUGAUGCGCGGUGCAAAGUUGUUUUUUUGCUAAUCUAAAACCUUUCCUUUUUUUCUGUUCGCGUUGCCGUCACCGUCGUCGUUGCUAUCUUAAUAGAGAUCUUUAGAUUCUAGGACGAGAACGACCACAAGUACGAGAUUUGACUUAAAGUUUUUUCGCGUAUUCUCAAAACAUAGACUCCCGGAAACCUUCAUUUUACCAUUUUUCCCGAGAAAAGUUAGCACUAUUACCUUUAGUAAAGGAGGUUACACCCUCUCCAAAUCGCAAAAUGAUUAACUUCUAACAUUUGAUAACUUGUUUCCGCCACUUCGACGUUCUCCCUAAAACUCGUAGUAGAAUGACGACGGCUACCACGUUUUCCCGCCAAAAUGACGCUUGUUCUUGCGCGAGCGCUACUUAGGAUUGAGAAAAUCUCGUGCUCGUUGUCGUACUCGUCUUAGAAUCUAAGCUCUCUAUUACGAACGAGUCGAGACUCGGUGGCAGGCAGGGUAUUUUUCUAAAUAAGCUAUAUAGGUGUUUGCUACCCCACGGGUAGGGUUUUUGAUCCAUUUUUGUUCUGAAAACGUGCUACCAAUAAAUUCACCCAAAGAGUACAGUGAACGUUUAAACCAAUUUCUGAAAUACAGUAUUAUAUUACCGUUUAUUUGCAGGAUUUUGGUGGCUCGGCUAAGGUUGCUAGGGAACUUUUUAACAUGCUCCACCCAAAAAAUCCUGGGUUUGUAACAGAAGACGAACUAAAGGAACAACUUGAUAAUGUCUUGAAGCUGUACUUGAAGAAGAAAGAUGAUGACAAGUCAGGUCAGUGAACCACCUUAUUUCUUUGAAUUAGCGCCCGGGCGUUUUUUCAUAUUUCGACUAAAACCGGGGUUGUUUAUCGAAAACACUGGUUGGUUUUACACAGAGAUGUAUCGGUAUGGCAUGUGUAUAAAAUAUGGAGUAUCUCAUUAUCCUCGAUAUCAUUCUCGUCAAUGGUAUACAGAUCGUCGCAUUCGUCUUGUAUCCCUAUUAUUCAAAAUAGUUAGGGAGACAGUAGGGGAGGAGGGUGCUGAUUCGAGAUGGGCGGUUGUUUGAUAUUAUGGCACAGGGGCGGCGGGCACUUAUUCGGGAGGCGUGCGUGACAAUAAAAAAGAAGUGCGUCUUACUUCGGCUACAGGCUUGCUAGAAUGCAGUUCACUGCGGUGUCGUUAGUUAAAGGAACAAUGCGCGACAGAAAGGAAUUGUGUACCAUGGCGAAUAAGCACUGCCUAUGGGGCUGUGCUGUGAUAUUUUCUAUUUUGAAAGAUUCCUCAGUAAAAUAAAAGGUACCUUUUUAGCUGACAAGUGUCCAGAUCACCCCUUUCUGAAUUUUCUGAAUUUACCCCUGCUGUAGACAGACUAGGAUAUCGUGCACCUAGUCGCCGCAAAAUCUUCAUGACAUCGCAGCAAAAAUAGCGCGAAAUAUCGCCUGUAUAAACCUUACUAGACAGACCCAUUUGCAAUUGCUAUAUAAAUCUUCGACGCUGCCCCCAGGUUUACUUAAGAACUUUGCUGACAAAUCCCGUAGACGGGCAUUCUCCUGUUUGUUAACGGUGCUCUAGCCUUCACAGCAGGCGUAUUUGACGUAUUUUGCAGUGCGAAUGAUCACAGUUAGUAAGUUGAAACUGAGAGAGUUGCGAAGAGUUUAACAAUGAUUCCAAGGGAGAGGUUGACGUGCCAAAAUAGAGGAGGGGGGUGGAGGUUUUCUUUUUUACCCCGCCCCUCCUCCCUUGGAUUUCAAUUGCUUUCAAGUUGGCGGCCUUGGUUAAUGUACCUCUUUGCUCUCGUUGAAAAUAAUAAUAAGUAACGUUGCUCGAGUCCUGUAUACAACUUGUAAAUUUGUAUUUUUUGUGCUGCAGGAAUUUAUUACGAGAAGGAGUGGUAUGAGGACAAAGAAAUCAUGAAACAAACUAUGCCUUCAUCUAAACUGGAUGCCAUGGCAACUGAUUCGGCGCACACUGAAUUGUAA